AUGCUUGUAACAUCCCCUCGCUAAAUUAGCUGCCCGGCUGUGAGCAGGUAGCUGUUUUGUUGUCGUCAUGUCGUACAGUGCCAAAAUCGGCCCGUCCAUCCUGAGCAGCGACCUGUCAUGUCUCGGCAGCGAAUGUGUGCGGAUGAUGGAGUGUGGGGCGGACUAUUUGCACCUCGACGUCAUGGACGGGCAUUUUGUCCCCAAUAUCACAUUUGGGCACCCCAUGGUGGAAUGCCUGCGAAAGUCAUUAGGCAAAGACCCUUUCUUUGACAUGCACAUGAUGGUUUCCAGGCCCGAGCAGUGGGUGAAGCCCAUGGCUGCUGCAGGAGCUAACCAGUACACGUUCCACCUGGAGGCCACCAACAACCCAGGGAACCUCAUUAAAGAGGUCCGUGAGAGUGGCAUGAAGGUGGGUUUGGCCAUAAAGCCCGGUACUACUGUUGAAACGCUGGCACCGUGGGCCAACCAGAUUGACAUGGCUCUGAUCAUGACUGUUGAACCUGGCUUUGGAGGACAGAAGUUCAUGGAGGACAUGAUGCCUAAGGUGAGCUCGCUGAGGCGUCAGUUCCCCUCGCUGGACAUCGAGGUGGACGGCGGCGUGGGCCCCGACUCCAUUUACAAGUGUGCGGAGGCCGGCGCCAACAUGAUCGUGUCGGGCAGCGCCGUGAUCGGCAGCGACGACCCUCGCUCCGUCAUCGCCCUCCUACGCACGGCGGUGGUUGAGGCCAUCCAGAAGCGCUCGCUGGACCGCUGACAUGACCUUUUGAUGACCUCUGGUGGAUGUGGAAGGUGAGGCCGGACUGCACCUUCCGUCACAAUUAUGUGGAUGAAGCCGGACCGUACAUUCAUACAAACAUUCCUAAUAAAUAUUUUUUUACCCACUUUGAAAUGAAAUCAUCCAACAAGCUCUGUUAAAAAAUAUUUUUCUAUAUACUGUGUAUAUGCACACACUUCUGGCAUUCAUCUGUGGGAGUUGGUUUUAUAAAUUAAAAAGCCGUCAAUGUUAUUUGCAUGUGUGGAUUUUGACAGCAAUGUGCAUAUGCAUUCAAGAGAUGUCAAUUUAGGAGGAACUAGGCAUAAUAGUUGUAGGUGUCCCAAAGAAAUAUGACUUUUGGUAACAUUUGUGUUUUUUACCUGCUGUAUAAAUGCAAUCAUGGGCAAUAAUCUCUAAUCUCUAAAAAUGAUUCAAAUCACUAAAAACGUCUUUUUUGGGGGGGGCUGGAACAUUAAAGGCAUUUCAAUUCAUCUCAAUGGGGUAAAUUGCGUACAUGUGUUCCUGGCUGGUCCACUGACGUAAUGGACUCAAGUGCAAAGUGCACAUGGAUGCCGUACUUCUCUGUAAGACGGUGUCGCAUUGGCAUGAAUGAGAAUUACCUGAAGGUCAAAUGGCUACAUGGAGUUAGCUCAUCACUCACCAUUUUGCUUUUUUGCCGAAGUUUAUUAAAGGUCGCCCGCCAUCGAUACGAAAUCUCGCAUCUGACUAGAAUCCGAGCGAAGAGGCUUCACGGUAAGCGUCUCCGUGUCUUGUGCAGAAGAACGGGUCCCUGCUGUCGAUGAGCAUCACCGGUGACACACUUCAAACUCACGCUCAAUAAUGCAGCAACGCGCCUGUGAGGAAAAUCACAGUCCGUUCAAUUAUUGAUGCUUAAAUCUGCCUUUUUUUGUUGUUGUUUUUAAACGUCACAUGCCAUCCGCAGAAAAUGUUCUCCGUCAUUACAUAUUUGUAUGUCACAUUUGUGAAUGUUUAAACUAGAAUCCCCGUGCGAGCGACUGCGGGACUAAUGCAUGGCAACGUGCGUUCUGAAAGUGCACGCGUUUUGACAGAGACAAAAAAGAAGCUGUCAGCGCCAACACGAACUCUUUUCAUCAUUUACGUUCCUACGUACAGUAUGUCUAGUGUUACUGCUUCAUUCCUUCUUUCUGCAGCCGAUUGCCAGUGACGCGCAUUCAAAUGUCAUUGGCCCAUGUAAGUUGCAGGUACAUGCAAACGACGUGUACCUUGGAGUCACCGGCGAGAGAGAGAGAAAUUCCCUGCUCAGUUGCCGUGGCAACCGCAUCCACAGGUGCUGCCAUUUGCACACACAGCCAGCACUCUUACUUUCCCCAUAGCCCAACAUUGUGCAAUCAAGACAUCAUUCCACUGAAAUAAAGUCAGAAUAAUACAAGAUAACUGUCAGUUUACCAAAACAAGAUUUAAGAGAACAUUGAGGCAAAUUUAAAAAAGAAAAAGCUCUAAUAUUGCCAAAGUUUUACUGUAAAAUUGUUUGUUAGCAUUUAAGCUAAAUUGACUUUAUUAAGGCAAAGCUAUGUGGUUGUCUUAAAUACACAACAUGUAAUUCUCUUUGUUAUAUCUUUAGCUCGACAACUGUGACAAUAAAUAGCUUGAAACCUC